AUGUCAAGGUUGCCUUCUACUUUUGAUGGUUUGAGUUUUUCUGUGUUUUGGAAGAGGAGGGACGGGGUUUUGGUGACUCGAUCAGCUAAAGUGAUUCAGUCUGUAGCUGAAUAUGAUGAGAAGUUGACUUAUACUUGCUCGGUUUACGGCAGUAGGAGUGGACCUCACCAUUCUGCAAAGUAUGAAGCGAAGCACUUUUUGCUAUAUGCUUCUCUUCUCAGUGCACCGGAGCUUGAUUUGGGGAAGCACCGAGUUGAUCUCACGAGGUUGCUUCCUCUUACUCUGGAGGAGCUUGAGGAGGAUAAGAGCUCGGGUAAGUGGACUACUAGUUUCAGGUUAUCAGGAAAGGCUAAGGGUGCUGUGAUGAAUGUCAGUUUUGGGUAUAUGGUUGUUGGUGAUAACGCCAGCACGACCAAAGAUGGUCAUAAUGCUCCUAAUGUAUUGACUUCGAGGCAGAGUGGUAGUCUUCCAUUGACGAAACCAGAUGUUAAACAGAGACAGUAUGAUGGAAGCAGCAGUGUGAGGCGUGCUGGAAGUUUUCACGGUGCUUUACCCGUAGACGCUUCUCAAGGUAAAAACCUUAGCAGACUGUACUCGUCUCAAGCUGUAGAGUCGGUAAAGGAUCUUCAUGAGGUGUUGCCAUCUUCUAAGUCUGCACUAGCCAGCUCAAUAGGCGUCUUAUAUAAGAAAUUUGACGAGGAAAAAGAAAGCAGAUCGGUGGACAACAAACCUGAUCCUGAUUUGUCAAAAGAAAAUAUUGAGCUAAUUAAACCAGAUGCGUGUGCUUCAUCUGAUAUUGAAAAAGAAAUGCAGGAAGUGCAUGUAGAUAACGAUGGAAAUACAUCUCCAGUGCUUGACACACCUGAACUCGAUGUAUUUCAUGAAAACCUAGAGACAGAUAAACACGAUGGCUAUCUUUUACUUGAUUCUGAAAAAGAAAACCCCGAAGACUGUCAAGAUAAGGAUUUUUCUGUCGUUGAUAAGGGUAUAGAAAUCUCACCAAUUGAACCCAUUAAAGUAGAGGAAUCAUUCACAGAGGCUUCUGAAGAUGCUUCUACAGUUGAUAGUUCUCUUAUCCUAGAUACUGCAGGUUUACAAGUUUCUUCCGAAGAUAGUUUUAUACAUGAUUCUCUUCAUGAGGCAAAUGACGGUUGUAAGGAUCACACGGUGGCCGAUGAAUCUGCUUACGAAGAUGAUGAUUUAUUCACAAAUGAACUGCUGCAAGAAUUAGAAGCUGCUAUAAAUAGUGUCUCAGAUUUGGAGACGGUGGCUCUAGAAUCUCCAAAAAAAUUGGAAUUCAGAACUGAAUAUAAGAUGAGAAAGACAGAUAGCUUAGACGAUGUUACAGAAUCGGUUGCAAAUGAAUUUUUAAGCAUGCUAGACAUAGACCAUAGUUCAGCGGGCUCAAAUUCUGGAAACGAGCCCGAGUCUCCGAGAGAGCUUCUGUUAAGACAAUUUGAGAAGGAAUCACUGGGUGGUGGCUUCUCUUUAUUUGAUUUUGAUAUGGACUGUGACAACGAAGCUGGUGAUGACUAUGAUGCCUCUACUGGAUCUGAGCAGUUGAACUCCUUAUGGUGA